AUGGCGCCCAUCACAACUUUUAGUCAGCCAGGGGUAGCUGCCUUUGAGCACCUAGACGACACUUUUGGCUCAUUCUCCAUGAUCAGGCGCUACACUCCCAUCUGCCUCUUCUUCAGUCUCCCCGAAGAUACUUCUUCCAUCCAGAUUGAGGUUGAACAGCACCUGAGGCGCGCUCUGGCAAAGCUGGCUCACGACCUACCCUGGAUAGCUGGUCGCGUAAUUUACAACGGCCGGGACGAAACCCACUCAGGUAUCCGUAGGGUUGUACCCCAUACCGACGAGGUCGAGCUGGUUGUUAAAGAUAGCACUGCCGAGCUCCCCAGUUUUCGAGAGAUGCAGACCGCAAACUUCCCCAUGCACCUGCUGCAGACAGAUCUCGUCGUGCCGCCCAUCGCCGUGACGUGGGUUGCGUCCCCAUACGACAACGACAUAAUCGCUCCAGUGCUGGUCCUGCAGGCCAACUUUGUACGCGACGGACUGGUGCUGACCAUAGCCAGCAACCACACCACCAUGGAUAUGACAGGUCUCGGAAUGCUCAUCGGCUUCUUCGCCAAGGUCUGUCGGGGAGAAGACCUGACUUCGGACGAGAUAGCCCAGGCAAAUCAGGACAGGCGCAACGUCAUUCCUCUGCUCGGGGACGACUAUCAACCAGGUUCCGAGUUGGAUGACUGCUUCAUACCACGGAUGCAAACACCACCACCAUCAACAACUACAACAGCCGCCACCCAGCCCAAGCCUGCAAAAUGGGCCUACUUCAACUUCCCCCAGCAAGCACUCAAGGACCUCAAGCUCGAGGCCAGCAAACAGACCAUCGUACCCUACAUUUCGACCGACGACGCCGUCACAGCCCUCUGCUGGCAGCGGACGCAGGCUGCUCGCGCCGCCAAGCUCGGUCAGGGCGCCUCCUCGACCCUCGCGCGCGUCCUUAGCAUGCGGCACCUGCUCGGCCUCUCCGGCCCGGGGAAGCACUACAUGGGCCACUUGACCGACUGCGGGUACGUGGAGCAAGCCGACGUGUUCGAGUGUCCCGUCGGGGACGUGGCCGGGCGGCUGCGGGCGGUGCUACGCGAUGAGGAUGCGCAGCGCCGGCACUUUUGCGCCUUUGCGACCAUGGUGCAGCGACUCGACGACAAGUCGGUACUGGCCAACGGCGCCAGGCAGGAUCCGCACUCCGGGGUCGUGGUCUCGUCGUACGUCAACGUCAAGACGUGUAGCAUGUCGUUUGGCGACCUGCUGCGGAGGCCGGUGGCGACGAGGAGGCCGAUGAUGGCCCCGUGGCCGAGUCUUUUGUACUUGAUGCCGCUGGAUGCCAAGGGUGAUAUGGCGGUAGGCUUCUGUUUGGCCGAGGACGAGAUUGAGACGCUUCGGGGCGAUGAAGCUUUGGGUAGGUAUGCCGACUACGUGGGUUAG